AGCGGGUACCUGUCAAAUUCAGGUACCCACUCCCACUUCCACUCCAAUCGCCUAGGCGAUCGGAAGUGGAAGGUGUCCUCCCUUCCUCCCUCCCCGUAGUCUUUUGAGACACAUGAUAGGUCCCAGAAGACUACAGGACCAUUCAGGAACUGCAAUGCUACUCUCGCAUGCGCAGUGGGUACCCGGCAGUGAAGCCGCAAGCUGUCACAGCCGGGUGCCCACACUGAAGAUGCCGGCUCCCAGGGAGAGAAGACAGCCGGUAAAACGGGCUGCAUGGGACACACCAUGG